GGUAAAAGUAAUAGGAAAUGAAAUUGCACAUUAGUGUGUAAUUGAAUUAUAGGAAAAGGUACUUUAAAUUAGAAUUUUAAGAUACUUUUUAAAAAUAUUGUACUGUACUGUACUAUGAGUAAUGUGACAUUUCCUUGCUUUUUAUCAAAGGGUGUGUUUUUUCAUGACAAGCGAAGUCACGAAAUUUAGUAGAACACAUCCGUCUUGUAUUUCAUUUAAACACGCAAGAAAGUCGAUUUAUGUAACAAAAGGAAUUCUUGUGUAUAACUAUGCCAUUUGUUCACUUUCAUAGCAACCUGAAUGAUGUCUUUUACUAUUUAAAAAAAUUAUUUGAUGCUUAACUGUCUUAUUAAUUUUAUAAUUAGGAAAAAUGGACGAUGUAGAGAGUGGUGAAGAGGGGGAAUUUCCAUAUGUGGUCCAGCGAGUUAUCCAAAAUCCCAUCUGCUUUGGUUCUAAAAUUCCCCGGGAUACAAACCCUAUUGGAAAAAACCUUAGUUCUUUUCAAAAGCGCUAUGGCAAUGCUGAAAUAUUAACUAAGCUUACCCCACAAACAUACAACCUGGAACAUUUAACAUCGGGAGUGUAUUUGAUCCAGAAUAAGGUUAGAAGUAACAGAGGUGUUAGUGGACUUGCAAGUCGGGGACCACGAAUGAUAUAUAAACGUAACAGAAAUCCAUCACCCACAAGAUACGAGCUAUUACAAAAACGAAUUUUUAGGAAGAACAAGGCACCUUUUAAUUCCAACAAAUUACGAAAAACCAUAGAUGAAUCAGACGCACCAGGGCCAGGCACUUACGACCCUGAUGCGAAAAAAUGUAGAAGAACAGGUUUACAAAACAACUUUGGAAGACCCACUGUUGAACCAGCAUACGAAGUGAAAUGUUUAAAUAAACCCUGUGAUGUUUGUAUCAAAUGCAGUAAAGUUUGCAACUACGAUUACUGGCAUCAAGAUUAUACAAUAUUUCUCUGUCACUUUUGUAUGGAAGAAGAAAGACUUGAGAGGGAAAUGUAUAAGUCGAGUGAACUUAGGAAAUUUAAAAGAAUGCGAACUUGUACCUUUGUACAUGAUCACCAGGGAACGACAGCAAAAAUAUUUCAAUGGGAGAGAAAUAAGCUUAACGAAAAAUUACGAAUUGAAAACUAUUUGAAGAAAUACAUGAUUUAAUCAGCACGCCAGAUUAUAGUUUAAAAUUGCAAAUAUCAAUAAAGUAACAAUAUAUGCAUU